GGGCUGGUGAAAGGGGUAUGCGCUUGCCGAAGGGGCUAGCGGAGCCGGGACUGGAAAAGACAGGGGUGAUAAGAAGCCGAUUCGGAGCGGAGCUGCCGUCGCCUUCGCAGAGCGUUGCGCCAUGGGAGUGGAAGUGGAGACGAUCUCUCCGGGAGACGGAAGGACUUUCCCAAAGAAAGGCCAAACAUGUGUAGUCCAUUACACAGGAAUGCUACAGAAUGGAAAGAAGUUUGAUUCCUCCCGAGAUCGAAACAAGCCUUUCAGGUUCAAGAUUGGUAGACAAGAAGUCAUUAAAGGAUUUGAAGAAGGAGCUGCACAGAUGAGCCUCGGACAAAGGGCAAAACUCACUUGCACACCUGAUGUGGCAUAUGGAACAACAGGUCAUCCUGGAGUUAUCCCACCAAAUGCUACUUUAAUUUUUGAUGUGGAGCUGCUCAGGAUAGAAUAAAACGGGACUAAUAAUUAAAGGAAUCUGUCUGUUAAAACCAGUGUUCUUUCCCCAUUCUUUUUAAUGGAAGGAAUCUCACUGGAAUUUCUGUCAUCUUCACGCAAGCUGUCGCGCCAAUAAUGUUUAUGAAGUUGUUUUCCCUACUUCCUUUCCCCCUUUUUUAAAAUUGAUUAUUGGUGUUGGUAUUUGUUCAGUUAGUUGCUUCUUUGCUAUGGAGAUGGAAGUUGUACAUUUUAUUUUGCACGUGAAGCUUCAAAAUUGUGAUUAGAAUUAUAUAUAUAAUUAAAAACGAUAUAUAGAUCCUACUUAUUGAAAAACCACUGCCUUAUAAUCCACUAAAGGAAUACGCAUAAGGUGCUCCGAAAGCAAGUGUACACCCUGUGCACACGUGGGCAUUAGCCAAACCAAGUUACCUGUGCUGCCACUUUUUCUUCAAGUUGUUCCAUUUGCAGCUGUUUUAAAUAACACAUCUCAUGAAAACUUUCCAGAAAGAAAAAUAAAAUACUGAUAUUUUA